AUGUUGGAGGGUCUCGUCGCCAACUUGCUCAACCGCACCCUGGGCAUGUACAUCAAGAACUUUGAUGGCAGGCAGUUGAACAUCGGAAUCUGGUCUGGCGAUGUGAAGCUUCAUAACCUGGAGCUUCGACGAGAGGCCCUCGAUCAAUUACGCCUGCCGCUCAACGUUGUAGAGGGACAUGUCGGAGAGCUCACCCUGUCGAUCCCCUGGUCAAAUCUACGAGGGAAGCCAGUCAAAGUUGAUAUUGAAGAUGUGUUUCUGCUUGCGGCUCCCAAGGAAGAUCAGGACUACGACCCGGAGGAGGAGGAGCGGCGGGCGCAUCACUUGAAGAUGGAAAAGAUUGAGAGCGCGGAAAUGCUCAAGGAACGCAAUACAGAGGGCAUGAGCCAGGAAGAGCAGCGUCGGAACCAAAGUUUCACCCAGAGCCUGGUAACGGCCGUUGUCGACAACCUCCAGAUAUCCAUCAAAAACGUGCAUUUUCGCUACGAGGACUCGAUUUCUUCGCCUGACCACCCCUUCGCCCUCGGUGUGACACUGAAAGAGCUCAGUGCAGUCAGCACCGACUCCGAGUGGAAUCCCACCUUCAUCCAGUCGACCUCCGGCACGACCCAUAAACUGGCAAUCCUCGGCGCCCUUGCAAUCUACUGGAACACCGAUGCAAACCUUCUGGGUACAGGUCGGGGUUCCGACAUAGGCGCAGAAGCACAGGGAAUUGGCCAUGCGGAGUUAAUCGAGAAGCUCAGGUCAGGCAUUGAUAGCGAAGAAAAUGUUCAGUUCAUGCUUCGGCCAGUCAGCGGACGUGCUGGUCUAGAAAUGGACAAGUCUGGGGGGCAUGAUAGGGCAGCGAUCAAAGCGAGAUUGCUCUUUGAUGAACUCAGUUUCGUCCUUGACGACCACCAGUAUCGCGAUGCGCUGAUGCUCGUCGAUCUCUUCCAUUAUUUCAUCCGACACCAGGAAUACAGGAAGUUCCAGCCAAAGUGCAGACCCAAGGAGGAUCCCCGUGCUUGGCUGAGGUUUGCUGGGGAGGCUGUACUUAGCAAGAUCCACGAACGGAAUAGGCGUUGGACCUGGGAUUACAUCAAGGAACGACGAGAUGAUCGCAUCGCCUACAUUGACUUGUUCAAGAAGAAAAAGCGUGAAGAAACCUUGACAGGCGCAGACGCUGAAAACUACGAGCGCCUUCAAAGAAAGCUCAGCUACGAAGAUAUUCGUUUCUGGAGAUCGCUGGCAAGGAAUCAGCUAAGAAAGGAGAAUGUAGGUGUCAAGAAGCCUGCGCAGCAGCAGACCUGGUCAGAAUGGUUCUGGGGCAGCAAGAAGGAGGAAUCCGAGGAAACUACCAUGACCGAAGAACAGCGGCAGGAACUGUAUAAUGCUAUUGACUGGGAUGAGAAAAAGGCGAUUGCGGACAGCGUUGACGUCCCAAGGGACUGGGUGAAGCUGCAGGUAAAUGCUGGUCUGAGAGCUGGAAGCUUUACAUUGAAACGUGACCCUCACGGCAAAGCGAACGAAAUCAUGCAGUUCGUGUUUGACAACUUCAGAGCCAAAGCCCUGCAGCGACCUGAUUCCUUCUUCAUCGAUCUCAACCUUGGUGGCUUGCGAGUCUAUGAUGGUACAACCGAAGGGAGUCUUUUCCCGCAGAUCGUCAAGGUCAAAGAUUCAUUGCCAGAACCGAAGAACCGCCUCUCCCAAGCUUCUGACAGUCAGCUGGAGUAUGACGCUAGCGAUGAUGCUUCUGACUACAGGGACGGCUUGUUCCACUUGGAACUCGAGAAGAACCCUCUUGAAAGCGACGCCGAUUCGGUCGUGAAGGUCAAAAUGAAGAGUAUUGAGGUCAUCUACAAUCCGAGGUUUAUCGUCGAGGUUGUCAAGUUCUUCGAACCGCCAGAGAGACAUAUGGAGUCAAUUGGAGCCCUCCUGGAUACAGCAGGUGCCACCGUGGAAGGCAUCCGACAGCAAACCCGAGCGGGCUUGGAGUUUGCUCUAGAGGAGCACAAGAAGGUUGACGCGCAGUUUGAUAUCCAUGCGCCUCUGAUUAUUGUUCCUGAGAGUAUUACGCAAGAGAGCUCACUCUGUUUAAUUCUCGACGCUGGUCACAUUAGUGUCAAUAGCGAACUCGUUGAUCGGCAGACAAUGAGAGAUCUUCAAUCGAAGCAGAAGCGGCAGUACGAGGAAGGUGAUUAUAAGGAGCUCGAGCACCUUCUCUACGACAGAUUUCUUAUCAAGUUGGACUCUACUCAGGUCCUUAUUGGACCCGGCAUUGAAACCACCAAGGCGCAGUUAAUUACGGAUGUCCAGACCCGGAACUUGCACAUCAUUGACCGCAUCAAUGUUGAUUUUGUCCUAGAAAUGUGUAUUGUGCCAAAGGUCACUGAGCUCACCAGAACUCGCAUCUCCGGUCACCUUCCAGAACUGCAUGCGUCAAUGUCUGAUGCUAAGUAUAAAGGUCUCAUGAAGCUGAUCGACAUUGCGAUCCCCAGCUUCGACGAUGGUAGCGCGCCGAGCAAUACCGCCAAUACGACGAAAGAAACCACUGCCUCUGGUAACAGGGCAAGAUCUUCCUCGUUCCAACCGUCCAUUCUGAGAGAGCUUCCAAAUGUUGACGAAGACUCUGAUGAUGAGUCUAACGAUGAACAGAGCAAGAGCGUUGACAAACCAACCAACAUACAUCGCCGGGACUUCGAAUUCAAAUUCACGGUCGGUCGCCUUCGUGGCUCAUUAUCUCGCUCCGAUCCGAAGGAUCCGCUCCGCGACCAUUUGUUGGUUGAGCUGGUUGCCGAAGGGUUUGCGCUGGACUACUAUAUGCGGCCAUUUGACAUGGUUGCCGAAGUUGUGCUGAAAUCUUUGAGUGUCGAUGAUUACAUUGAAGAGAACCCAGUUCCAGAGUUCAAAAGGAUACUAUCCUCCAAGGGCUUCGAUGCCGACGAAGACAAGGACCUUUUCCAUCUAAAGUUCGUUCGAGUUAAGCCGGAGUCUCCUGUUUUCCAGUCGACGUACGAAGGUGUAGCGAUGAACCUUGAUAUAUCAGUUUCCACCAUCAACCUUGUCGUAACGAGGAAGACACUCUUGACACUGCUUGACUUCGUUCUACUGACGUUUACGAACCCGGAACAGCCGAACAAUCAGAUUACUCAGUCAAGUGAGACGAACCAGGACACCAGCACUGUUCAGGAACAGCCUCAGCAAGGUGGAAAGAUCCGCAUCAAAGCCGACUUGAAAAGUAUAGCUCUCAUUCUCAAUAAUGAUGGUGUUAGACUGGCUACUCUGAGUCUCAACACAGCCGACGUGGGCAUCUCGCUCGUAGACAAAACUAUGCUCAUACAGUCUCGCAUUGGUAGCUUGACUUUGAUUGACGAUGUCAAUACAGGAGCUUCAGAGAACUCUGAUCUUCGCCGGCUCUUAACCAUUGAAGGCGAGAAUUUUGCGGAUUUCAAAUAUGAGACUUUUGAUCCUGAGAGUACAACUUACCCGGGAUAUGACUCCGAAGUCUUCCUCCGAUCAGGCUCGAUGAAAAUAAAUUUCUUAGAAGAGCCUUAUCGCAAGAUAAUCAAUUUCCUGGUCAAGUUCGGCAAGAUGCAGGCUAUCUUCAACGCUGCCCGGCAAGCUGCAGCUAACCAGGCCAAUCAGCUCCAAGAAAAUGCCUCCAGAAUGCGUUUUGAUGUUGUGAUUAUGACUCCAAUUUUGGUCUUCCCAGGCGCCAUGAGGGAAGAUCUUCCCCAUGAUACAGUGACUGCUCACCUGGGUGAGAUCUACGCUAAGAAUACCUUUGUCCCUCUCGAUGAGAAUGAUAAAGAUGGCCCUGCUGUCAACCUCAUCUCCUCCGGAAUCCGCAACAUCCGUUUGACUUCAAAGUUCCACUACGACGAAGGCACCGCAGAGGAGCUGGAAAUGAUCCAGAAAGUCAACCUGGAAUUCAGUAUCUGCUACCUCGAGCAUCAGCAAGACAAUCCCCGACCGGACAUGGAAGUUGAGGGGUCGCUGUCCCCCAUUAACCUUAGAAUAUCGCAGAAACAGCUCAGAUUCUUGUUGGAUUUGUCAAAGAGGGUUCCCAGCGCAUUCGCGACUGAUACUGAACAACAAGAACUAGAGGCCUUGGAGUCACUUCCCUCAUCCGUGACAGACCCCACUAGGGAAGCUGAAACUAGGGCAGUCCAGACUAGGCAAGCUCAAGAAACAGAAGCACCAGGAGCAAGCCCUAACGACGAGACGUGGGUCCGGCUUGAUAUGAUCUUCAAGGUGGAUAGUGUUGGACUGGAGCUCAUCCUUGCGAACGACGAUGCGCCAGUCGGUCGCUUGGAAGAUGCUAGUCUAUCCAAGUUCUCACUCAAUGACACGCGUGUCAAGUUGCGCAUGUUGACCGAUGGCUCCCUGGAGUCUGAGCUUCUCAUCCACUCACUCUCCAUUCGCGAUAGUCGGAAUAAAGAUACAAACAAAUUCCGAAAGAUCAUGUCAUUGAUCAAUAACGAUGUCAAGCAACAGUUCAUGGCCAGCGUCUCCAUGACUCCAGGACCGAACAAUCAUCUUAUUGCGAUGCUGACCAUCGACAGCCCACGAAUAAUACUUGCCCUGGACUACUUGUCAGCUUUGCAAUCAUUUGCCAAUUCGGCUUUCGCUACAGAGGAGCCAGUUGUUGAAGAAGAUGGCGAUGAGUCACCCGACGAGUCGGAGCCAAGGACUAGUACUGCUGAUAGCAUUGAAGAGUCUACAAUAACACCGUCAAGCGGAGGCGCUGCGCCUGCCGCUGACCGUCAGAUGACUGUGUCAUUCAGAGUCAACCUUGUCGAUGCUCAAGUAAUAACUAUCGCGAACCCGGCCAUUACGCAUACAGAGGCCAUCGUUCUUGGAACGAAGCAGAUGCUGUUUUCGCAUCAAAAUGUCUCUACACUACAGAUAAGCAAGGUGGGAAUGUUUCUGUGCCGCAUGGACAAGUUCGAAACAAGCAGGCUUCGAAUUCUGGAUGACUUUACCUUGGAAGUAUCCGUGGACAGUCGCCCACAGGAUAAGGGCUCCUCUUUAACCUCAAUAAAUGUCCAUAUCGAGCCGUUGGUUCUGCGUCUCUCUCUUCGCGAUAUUUUGAUGGCGACACAGAUUGUCAACAAGGCAUCUGAGAUGAGAGCUCAAGGAACACAAUCUGUUGAAAAUGAGGAACCGAAAAAGCUAUCGGAUGUUAAGAGCACAAGACCAAUAUCUUCUAGGAGACGAUCCAGCGGCAGACAGACCUCGACAGCUAUGGUCUCGAGGAAUCAACGACACUCCAGUGCCACAGCCGACAACUCGGGCGGAGAGCUCGUUUCGCAACGCUCUGCCGUUCUGAAGCGGGAGGAGUUGAAUGCUCAGGUUGAUGGCGUCAGGGUAAUCCUUAUUGGAGACCUUCACGAUCUUCCACUGCUCGAUUGGAGUGUCAAGAAGUUCAACGUUGAUAUUCGUGACUGGUCGUCAACGCUCCAUGCCGAUACCAAUUUCGAAACUUUUGUCAAUGUGUAUAACUUCUCCAAGUCCGCAUGGGAACCCCUUAUAGAGCCCUGGCAGCUAGGGUUCCACGUUGCGAGGGAGACUGCUCCUGAGAUCCUUUCUAUAGAUGCCUACUCUCACAAGACGAUGGAGCUUACAGUUACUUCGGCAACAAUUGCCCUGGCAUCAAAGUCUUUCCAGUUCCUAUCAACGGAUGAAGAUGUUCUCUCCAAGCCAAGAGGUGCUGAUGCGCCCUACCGAAUUCGCAAUUACACUGGCUUCGAUCUGCAUGUUUGGGCCGAUGUCAGCGCUGACGAAGAGGGACCGGCUGCUAAACUGGCUGAUGGCGAAGAAUAUCCUUGGCGAUUCGAGGAUUCUACUGCUAUGCGUGAAACGCUUGCGCCAGAAGGCCAUGCUGGGCUUGUUGGAGUCAAGCUCGAAGGAAGUGGUUUCGACAGCGUGAGCCGUAUUCCCGUUGUUCGUGAAGGUGAGAUCCUGUAUGGCCUGAAGCCUAAGAAGGACGGCAUUCUUCACCAACUGCUUGUGGAGGUCAAGCUGGGUACCGACAAUGUCAAGUAUAUCACCUUCCGCUCGCCACUAGUUGUUGAGAACAGCACUCAAAUACCUGUAGAGCUGGGCGUGUUCAACCCCAACGAUGGCCAUCUUUUGAAAAUUGAGAAGAUUCUUCCUGGUGAUUCGCGACCUGCGCCUGUUGGAGCAGCGUACAUGCACUCCCUCGUUAUUCGGCCCGACCAAGGCUUCGGCUAUGACUGGUCUCGUGAACAAUUGCAUUGGAAAGAGCUUUUGCGUCGGCCAACGCGGACAAUCAAGUGCCUUAGUGAAGGCGGACAACAAGCUCCUCCUUUCUAUUUCCAACUGCAUGCUACUUACAACGCCCGAGAUAAGCUAACAGGUAUCUAUCCUUACAUGCGUAUUCGGAUCUUUGCUCCAGUCGAGAUCCAAAACCUUCUUCCUUACGACUUCAAGUACCGCAUCUAUGACAAGAACACCAAAAAGGAUUGGACGAACUUUUUGCGCAAAGGCGGCGUGAGCCCUGUUCAUGUUGUUGAGCUGUCUCAUCUAUUACUCCUUAGCGUCGAUCUGGAGGACACUGUCUUCAGGCAAAGCGACUUUGCAAUCAUCAAUGGCAACUCCCAAGACUACAGAAGAGAGCACGUGCUUUCAUUGAAAGAUGAGCGAGGCAUUCAACUUAGACUCAAGCUCCAUUACUUCAACGUGCCCGACAGCGGUGGAGCUUUCAAAAUUUCUGUCUACAGUCCGUAUCUCAUCUUGAAUAAGACCGGACUUCCUAUGGAAAUUCAAAGCAAGGCAUUCUUGCAGUCGGCGCGGUCGGCGGCAGGGCAGGGACUGAUGGCUGAUUCUAGGCAUGGUGGCCGGUCGCUUCCUUACAUGUACUCCUACCAGACAGAUGACCAGAAGAACCGUUCCAUGCUGAGAAUCGGUGAAUCUUCUUGGAGCAAGCCCCAGAGUUUUGAAGCCAUUGGAAGCACAUUCGAAGUCGUUCUUCCUGACAGGCAUGGCCGAUCCGAAAUCCAUACAGGUGUGUCUGUCGCCGAGGGCGAAGGCAAAUACAAAUUGACGAAGGUCGUGACCAUUGCACCACGCUUCAUCCUGAAGAACAAGCUAAACGAGGACAUCCUGGUCCGGGAGCCUGGCUCGUCAAAUGUCCUACAGAUCAAGAGUGGGGAACUGACACCCCUACACUUCUUACGUCAAGUUGUGGACAAGCAGCUGUGCCUCUGCUUCCCAGGAGUGAACAAUCAAUGGUCAUCGCCCUUCAACAUUGCCGAUAUUGGAACCGUACAUGUCAAGCUUGCCAAGGCUAAUCAACGCCAGAGGCUCAUCAAGGUUGAUGUUAUCAUGGAGUGUGCAACUUUAUUCAUACACUUCAGCUUUGAGCCCCGCAACUGGCCUUUUUCGAUGCGAAAUGAGAGUGACAUGGAAUUCAUUUUCUUCCAGGCUAACCCGAACCUUGAAGACGACGAAGAAGACAGGUCAAAUGGCUGGCGACCCAUUCGCUAUCGCCUUCCUCCUCGCAGCAUCAUGCCCUAUGCCUGGGACUAUCCAGCCACCAAGAACAAGUCGCUUGUCUUGACAUGCAAAGGGAAGGAAAGACAUAUCAAACUUGCUGAGAUUGGCAACUUGAUACCAAUGAGGAUCCCCCCAACCCAAUAUGGAGAGACUCAGAAGAUUAUUGAUAUCAACAUUGUUGCAAAUGGACCAACUCAGACUUUGGUCUUGUCGAACUUCAAGGCGUCGAAGAGUAUUUACAAGCAAAAGGGACAAGCCUCGCAGAGCAGUUUGAGCACUGGCUUCGAAGUGAAAGAACUUGAUUCGGAUGUCAACUUCAAAGCCCAGCUUCGGCUUGGGGGCAUUGGCAUCUCCUUGAUCAAUCAGAACUUAAGGGAGUUGCUCUACCUAACAUUCCGCGAUAUCGAAGUUAAGUUUAGGGAAUCAAGAGUUUAUCAGACUCUGAACACCACGAUCAAGUGGAUUCAAAUUGACAAUCAGCUGUAUGGAGGCAUCUUCCCGAUUUUGCUGUAUCCCAGUGUGGUUCCAAAAACUGGAAAGGAGAUGGAAGCACACCCAAUCUUCCACGCCAUGGCUACGCGCGUCAAGGACGACUCUUAUGGUGUUCUUUAUAUCAAAUACGCCACGGUUCUUUUGCAGCAGAUGACGCUGGAGCUUGAUGAGGAUUUCAUUGCCGCAAUGCUGGACUUUGUUAAGGUACCUGGUGCUUCGUGGUCUGAGCCGCACGAAGGGAAACUCUGCGAUGAAGACUUGAACAUUCCAGAGCCGCAGAACGAAGGUGCUGCUCAGGAUGUGUACUUUGAACUCCUUCAUCUGCAACCUAUGCAGAUUGACAUCUCUUUCAUGCGUACUGAGCGUGUGAACGCGGAAGAUGCUCUGCAGCCGUCCAACCCACUCAUGUUCUUUGUUCAUGUCAUGACAAUGUCAAUGGGAAAUGUCAACGAUGCCCCUGUACGGCUGAAUGCACUGAUGCUGGAGAAUGCGCGUGUCUCCUUUGGACUGCUUGUCAGUAACAUUCAGAGACACUACACGCAAGAAUUCCUUCGCCAAGUGCAUGUAGUCCUCGGCUCCGCUGACUUCUUGGGAAAUCCAGUCGGGUUGUUCAACACUGUCAGCUCUGGUGUGGCGGAUAUUUUCUACGAACCAUACCAGGGUCUGGUCAUGACUGAUAGGCCUCAGGAGCUGGGUUAUGGUAUCGCAAAGGGUGCUACAAGCUUCGUGAAGAAAUCAGUCUUUGGGUUCUCCGACAGUAUGGCCAAGCUUACUGGAAGUAUGUCGAAGGGUUUGGCUGCUGCUACUCUUGAUAAAGAAUUCCAAGAUCAGCGACGGAUGUCAAAGUCUCGGAACCGGCCAAAGCACGCCUUAUAUGGUAUCACAGCAGGUGGCAAUGCAUUUGCAACCAGCCUAGCAAGUGGGAUCGGAGGACUUGCCCGUCAUCCACUGCAGGGUGCUGAAAAAGAAGGUAUUCAAGGAUUCUUCAAGGGUGUUGGAAAGGGCGUUUUAGGUUUGGCGACGAAACCUGCAAUAGGCGCCUUUGACCUUGCCUCAAAUUUGGCUGAGGGCGUGCGAAACACAACAACUGUAUUCGAUGCCGAGGGACUCGACCGUGUUCGCCUCACCCGCUUCAUCGCCACUGAUGGUAUCGUGCGGCCCUACUCUCAGCGCGAAGCGUUAGGACAAUUCUGGCUCAAGACAGCCGAUGAUGGGAAGUUUUUCAACGAGGAUUACAUCGCACACCUGGAACUUCCGGGCCGGGACAUGCUGGUCAUGUUGACAUACGAUCGGAUUAUUCUCGUGCGCACCAAGAAGCUCCGCACUGAAUGGGACAUGCGGUUGACGGACAUCCAAACUAUAUCCAAGGAGCGUACGGGCAUGAGCAUCACCCUCAAGGGUGGUGCCAAUGGCCCCUUCAUCCCGGUCCAGGAUGAGAGCUCCAGGAACUGGCUGUACCGGCAGAUAGCAAUUGCCGUCAACGCCUUCAAUGAGAAAUACAAUUCUCGCGGCUAA